AUGAGCAGGAUUCGGCCGCGGAGACGUCACAAAGUAUUCGCGUCGCAAAUCGCCGGUGGAACACGGUCACGGCCGCAUCACCGUCGUCAUCGUAGUCGUCGUCGUCGUCCCGAGGAGUCCCGAGGAGUCGCAAGCACCGUCAGCCGGCUCCAGAUGAAAGCCGCAACGAUCCUGGCCGCCCUGGCCUGCCUACUCGAGGUCUCACAUGCAUUCCCGUUCAAUUUCAACAAGAGGAAUUUAGAUUCCCUAGCGAGAACCGGACAGUUACCAGAAUACAAACGAUCACUUGCUUCGUUGGCCAAGAGUGGACAAUUACCCGAAAAAUUGGUUCAAGAGAAACGAAUGUUGGACGUUUUAGAACAAGCAAGUGAUGAAAACUCAAGAGCCAUCCAAGACCAAAAGAAUCGGGUAAUAGAGGAGAUAAAAAAAUUGGCACUAACUGGGUUAUCAAAAAGACAAGCAGCCACCGAGCCUGAUUUCCGAGACGAGUUUAAAUCAGAUUUGAGAAGCAUAUUGGACCAAUUUUUGGAAAAGUUUGGAACGACAUAUGAUCCAGAAAAGGUUGAACUGUUUUUGACCAACAUGGCCGACGAAGUUUUUGAAAAUCAUGGUGUAGUUUCAUUAGACCACAUCCGAUUCUUGAUCGAAACUGGGUACUUUCAACCGGAAAUGCGAGAGGUAGACGAUGUAAAACCAGCUGAUGGAGAUUCGUCACCAGACGACUAUAUCGCCAAACGUUUCAUGGCCUCUCUAGCCCGGACUGAUAACAUGCCGUUUUGGUACAACAGCCCUAGGUAUGUCGCCAAGCGGUACAUUUCUUCAUUGCUGAGACAAGGGAGACUGCCUUACGGAUUCCAACCCACCACAGAGUCGUCGACGAAAAACCAAGACUGGAAUUUACAAGAUGGCCAAAAACCCAAGAGGAGCGACCGUCCGUAUCAAAAUAGCGAAGAGUUUAUACCCGUGAUGCAAGGUAGCAAAACUUUGCAGAGCAUUAUCGACGACUUGACACAAGAACCUAUGCAGAAAAGAUACUUGGGUGCGUUAUCACGCAGCGGUUGGAUGCCCAGAGGAUUCGCUUCGACGUCGUCCCGGUCACCAGCCUCUUAUCAUUCGUUCGGCAGCACCGGCCAGAGCGGCUACGACAAGAGGCAUUUGGCCGCGCUUGCUCGACUCGGCUGGCUGCCGUCGUUUAGAAACCCUCAUUCGUUUUACAUGCGUAACGGCAGAGGGUCGUCGUUCCAGUGCGAUAUAAACAAGAGGACCUCCACCACAGUCUCCGACGGGAACGUCGCGAAUACUGAGCGGCCGUUUGAAGAACUCGGGUGGGAACACCAGCAGCCGUCGGCGGCAACAGAACAGGCGCAAACAGACGGCGGGAUGAAGACCAAGAGGUAUCUGCUACUGCCGGCCGUGGACAACAUAUUGUUGCGCAGGCAGUACCCUCAUUUAGCGACAAAUAAAAUUUAA